AUGUCGGUUCCGCUGCCAACAUCUCCGCACGACGACUGCCCGACGCUUACGGCGAGCCGCGUUGCGCUUGCGAAACUGCACCGAUCUCGUCUCGGCUCGACGACGGACCGGAGCAGCACGAUUCGCUGGCCUACUGACCUCCACUCGGGCGUGAGCCCGAGCUUUGACCGGCGCCGGCCGUCCGACGCGAUCGUGUCGCCCUUCUUGAGCGCCGCACGCUGCGGAAGCGCGUCAGAUGUCGCCAAGUACCUUGAGAUUCAAAACGCCGAUGAGUGGAGUGCGGUCGACCCGACGACGCAGCAGAACGCGUUGCACGUCGCAGUCGCCCACGGCCACUUACACAUCGCGAAGCGUCUCUGUAGCCACCCGUAUGGCGCCCGCUGGCUUGCGGCGACCGACGUCCAGCUCAACACGCCGCUGCAUGUAGCUGCAAGUACGUCGCGUCGCUUGACGCAGCUGCUACUUGACGCCGGUGCCGGAGUGAACGCGCUCAACCAAGCGUGCGAGACACCAUUGAGCAUGCACAUUGCGAGCACGUCCAAGGACGACCCGGGCCUUGCCGAGCGCUUGCUGCAGCACGGCGCCGACGCCAACGCCGUCAUUCGCGGCGAGUCACUUCUGCACGUGGCCGUCGACCGCGGCCUGCUCAACAUUGCGUGUCGCCUCGUGCGCUUUGGCGGUCGCCUCGACACAAAGGACGGGCACGGGCGCAUGGUGUUUGACAAGGUCAACGCCAAAGGCAGCCGCAAGCUCUUUGCGUACAUUCCGUCGCCAUUGCCGUGGGUCCCCGACGACGCCCGCGACCACUGCAUGGAGUGCAUUCGUCGCUUCAGCAAGCUACUCGUGCGCCGCCACCACUGCCGCCACUGCGGUCGACUGUGCUGCGCGUCGUGUGCGAGUGCCUUUGUGCUCAUUGAAGGCUCGCCGCUCCAACACAAGCCCCAGCGCGUGUGCGACCCGUGUUUUGGUGUUCUGAAAGGGUACUACGAGGCCGACGAAGAGGCCAACGUCGUCCGCUCCUCGCGGGCCAGCCUUGUGUAUAACCAGCUCGUCGAUCGCUCCUCGUCUUUGGCCGCCGCGCGGUGA